AUGUUUCUCAUGUUGGACCUUUUACCACAAAACAUCUUCUUCAGAUCAGCCAUCAAGAGUCGAGAAAGCCUUGUCAAAAGUUUCGCAAAGUACUACAAAGAGGGCAACUACAAGCAAGGAUCCGAAUAUAUUCAGCAGUUCACCAAACACUGUAUUGACCAACAUCUACCCGAGGCCGACAUCCCGCGAGUCUUAUUGGGAACUGUCUUUAAUAACGUUGCCAACAGUGUUCCUUCUGCCUUUUGGGUUAUUUACCGCGUGUUCAGCAACCCUGUGGUCCUGGAAGAGUGCCGCGGUGAGGUACUGCAAGCUGUCCGGCACGAACCAAACGGGACUUCUUCAGUCGACAUGAGCUACAUCCUCAACUCCUGUCCGAUUCUUCUAUCUACCUACCAAGAGGUCUUUCGCUAUCACGGCAUGGCCAAUUCUGUACGUUUCGUCUCGGAAGACCACAUGCUGGAUAAUAGAUACCUGCUCAAAAAGGGUGGACUGGUCAUGAUAUCAGCCAAAGUUCAGCACAAGAACCCGAGUGUCUGGGGCGAGAGCGUGGACAAGUUUGACCAUCGACGCUUCAUGAAGCAACAGAGCGGCGGCAAACGGUCUUUCGCGGUCGCGUUUCGCGGGUUCGGCGGGGGAACCACCCUCUGCCCCGGCCGUCACUUUGCCACCAGCGAGAUCUUGCUGCUGACGACCAUGCUCCUCCUGCGCUUUCAUGUCCGGUCGGCAGACGGGAAGCCCUGGGUCCUCCCGACGACGGCCAAGUCAUCUCAAGCGGAAGCCAUGGAACAACCGGACGCAGACAUCAAUAUCGAACUGGUGCCACGACCAGAUGUCGUCGGCCGGACAUGGCGUAUUGUUUCCUCGGGGCAGCGAGGUGUUGACCUGAUGACACAGGCAUAA